AUGAACGGACCUGACGGCUUCCUUGUCACCUCUACGGCAGCAGCAGCUCGAGAAAGCUCUUCGUGGCUUAUGCGGAGUGCACGUGGGGCUGGUGUCUCAGGAGAGAACAUGCUUCCUCUUUGCCAGCUGCAACUUUCCACCGAGAAUAAAACGGACUCUUCUAAGUGCCAAGCAGAUGCAGGCGACGCUUAUAGAUAUAUUCAUGCCAACCGUCAGACCCCAAUGACCCCUCAAACGACAGAUAAGGGUGCACUUUUGCAAGACCUUAGCAUCGCGCUCUUCUCAAAGUUGGCGGAAUCGUUGCCGAAGGAUAAGGGGCCCCUUAGCUUUUUGAGCUGGGAAGACGGGAGCUGGUACUGCGGGCAUGUGAGAGAGGGGAGCCUCGAUGGUUUGGGGGUGUACAGGUAUACUGACAACUCAGUGUAUUGCGGUCAGUGGGCUCGCGACCGGCUUCACGGCUUGGGCGUCUUCAUAACGCCCAGUGGAUUCGUCUAUAGAGGCGGCUUUGAGGCAGACAAACAGAGCGGGCCCGGCAUUUUUGUGGUACCGCAAGGACCAACGUUCUUUGGGCACUUCCGCGACGGUCUGUUGCACGGCUUUUCGUGUUGUGUGUCCCCGUCUGGAGCCACUCGACCGCUGUUAGGGGAGUGGCGAGACGGGGAGUUUUUAAGGGCUUUGCCCGUGCAACCGCGCAUUGCAGAUUUCUACUCUCGUGCUGCGGAGUCCUUAGACCUCCUGCACUGCCCGUGGGCCCCUGUGCCCAUUCCUUUGCCGGACGCCUUCAUUUUUGGCAUCUUCAAAGAAGACAUACCACAGGUUCACGCCCCUCCUCGGACGGAACACAAACUGUGUGCUGCCUCCAUACUGGAAGCCCUUCGCGUAGAGCUGCCGAGGAAUUUGUUACAAAACGCUGCAGCCGAAGGUGACUGCCAUCCUGCGCAACCCCAGCAAACAAAGCUCUCCAACGGGCGGCUUCCAGGCUGCUCGAAGCCCAUUGUGAGGAAACGGAAAGCUAGCAUCUUAAAGGCCCAAGGCAAAGAGGCAGCCUCAGCAAGCUCCCGGGCCAAGGGGUCUUGCGGCGAUGCCUGUGGCACGAACGGAGCGACUUCGGCUCCACGAGCCACGACAACAAAAGCUCAGCUCCUGCGGUGGGAAAGCGAAGCUCGAAAGCUCCCUCGUAUUCCACACCUGAAUUACAACCGAGUACUCGGCAGGUGGUACGCUAGGGUUCGAGACCCAGCUAGUGGCCGCCGAAUAUGGAAAGGAUAUACUUGCGCAGUUCACGGCUUCUUCCAGGCCAGGGACAUGGCAAUUGACCGGUUGAGGCAGUUCAGCCAGCUUGUCUCGCCCCUGCCCAGCGCAACCCCAGAAGACCCCGUAGCAGCAGAAGAGGGCCAACAGCCCCCUGACGUAGCCACUUCACCUCAUCAGCAGCUCCAGCAAGAUCAAGGACAAGAAGAACCCUACGGAGAUGCUCAGCAGCCCAACGCAGCUGUAGAUAUAUGCCCCCUCUCUGGCCCACCCGAAGUAAGACGACCUUCCGAAGAGGCCUUCACACAAGGGGCCGCUCCUCCUGUCGCUGCAGCGCCAGCACCUGUUUCUGCCACUUGCGACUCUGUGCAACUGGCGCCCUACGACGUGGUUACUCCUUCUACAUCAGGAACCCAGGAAGACGGGGGCACUUCAGUAGAGGAGAAGAUUACUCCAGGGGACGGGAGGGAAGACAGUCCAUCACGCGUUGGACUUUGCUCUGGCAAGGCAGCCGCGCCUGUUGCACUGGAGGCCCCGUGCAGUUCCACCGCUGACGAUACAGCUGAGCCGCUGGAAUGUGGUUCGAAGUUUUGCAAUACUACAAAGGAGCAUUCAUCUGUCUUUCAGUCUUCCGAACUGGCCUGUGGGGCAGAGACGUCAGAAGGCUCUUGCGUACAGCAGGAAAAGGGUUUCGUGCAGGACGAAGAGAGCAUUUCGUGCAGCAGGUUAACAACAGCAGACUGUAGUGAUUCUGCACUUAGUCGCUGCACCCCUACAUAUUAUGAAAGUGCCUGA